CACCCAGGACCAUCUUCCCUCCUCCUCGCAGACGCCAACGUAACACCUUGGGGUGGCCUGGCUCACCCUGAAUCCUCCUUUACCACAAUGCCCCCAGCGUUUCCCCAAGCAAGACCCUCUCCAAUCCCGCCGGGUCCUCGGCCGACGCCUGACACUCCUAGAGAGGAGGAUGAGGAAGACGAAGAAUGCUGUCAUUCAGGUUUCAGCUCCGAGAUCCAAUCUCCGUGCCUGCUGGUCCCUAAGAACAACACAGGUGGGGUGGGCAGAGGGCUGCGGGCGAGAAGGAGGGUGAUACCUCAGCGCCGGGUUCCUCGCCCUCCACGUCUUCCACCACUGCGUCCAAUCACAAACCUCAGCUUCUCUAGGAGCUUCACGUUCUCCUUCUUUGAGCUGCCACUGCAUCACUCCCCUCACUGUCGGGCCGAACGGGUCAGAAACCUCUUUCAGCUCCUGAAGCAGAUACACUACUGAGGACUCUUUCAGUCAAGCUAUGUGUAACAUUUAUUAAGAGCCUGAAUUGUCAAAUGAAUGGAGGAAGAAGUGCUGUCUUAAUAAAACAAUGGAUGCUUUUAUCUCAUAACUCUGAACUUUUAAAGUUUGGGCACAUUGUGUUGUGUUUGACACGUUUCGUUGGUUUUGCCGUCAUCGAUAUACCCAUAGAUGGACCUAUGGAGGAGAUUAAAGUGUUUUAAACAGCUGCUUCCUAUGAUUCCUUCCAAUUUUCUCUUUUUUUUUGUCAAAUUAAGGAGUGGAAUACUUAAAAACAGACUCAAACCGAUGUAUUUAUCUCUCAUCUAGUCCCUCUUUCUAUCUGUCUCUCUCUCCCUCUCUCACAAACAUCUCUGAAAGCUGAGUUGGGAUAAUGCAGCCAUUCAUUGCCUCUGAAAGACUGCUGAAGGGGAAAGAAAGGGGCUGUAAAAUGGCAUCUCUGUGCAGAGUUCAAGGCUGUCUUCCUCCUUCCCCGAUUCACGUGUAACAGCCUGUGUAGCUCAGUGUGUGUGUGUUGACAACAAAACUGUACAUUACCACAGUCACAUGUGUGAACCCACCUUCCCUAUGUGGCUUCUCUCUGUUAGACAUUAGACAACCUCGUGUCGUUCUCCUUUGAUUUGGUUUCAGUUCUCACAAAGUUACCUGUUAUUGUUGUUGUUGUUGUGUAGUGAGGGAUUAAAGAAAUGCUCGUUUCAAGCCAAAGCCAAGGGAAGGUUUUUAUUCACUAUUUGCAGGAAUUUCAGACAGUACUGUGGAGUUCUCAUUGUAAGCAGCAGAAUCUGACAGUAAUUUGCGAUGAAGCACAGUUGCAUGUUCUGGGUCAGGGGGGUGAAAAAUAAGUCCUUGUCAUUCUUAGAGAAGGUAUAACUGUAAGAAGACCUUGGAUCCAAAAUAAGUACGGCGUGCUGUUUGUGUGCCCAGUAACUGUUAGGGGUGUAAAUCCGCAGCUUUAUCACGAUACGAUGUUAUAUCGAUUUGUUUGAAUGACGAUACGAUAUUAGCCAAUAUAACAAAGUCCGAAACAAUUUCCAAUCGAUGCGAUCGAUAUGAUGCAAUAUUAUCUGCCCACACUAAUGCUUACAUUGAUAUUAACUCACAAAAAAACUAAAUAUGAUUUGACUAUUUUACUUUGAAGCGGGCAUUUAAAUCAAAAACAACAUUCUUCUAAUUUUAAAAUGAUAAUAUAUCACCUGUACCCUUUGGUCUCAUGCCUUGUGGAUUUCAAAAUAAAGCUGCAUCUUAAAAAUGAAGAUAUGGAACAAUAUUUUCAUUUUGCAUCAAUGUAAUUGGAUAAUUAAUAAUUAAAUCAAUAUAUCGAUGUGGAUCAAUGAAUUGCUACACCCCUGGUAAC